CUCAGCCUAGAAAGUUGCGGAAGACUGAAGACUGCGGGGAGAGGGUACAGAGCCCAGCGGCGGUUGCCGAGGGCAAGAGAGGACCGUACCUAAUUGCCACGUCCCUUCAACCGCUGUAGUUUGCUCCCUGUGCACAGCGAGCUACCGACCGGGGCGCGGCGUUCGGCAAGAGGCGCAGGGUUCAGCUGUUGAGCCCAGGGCGUUUCAGGAUCUCUGGACUCGCCCCUGACUUCCAGCUCCGUUUUUGCUCUGAACCCUUUUCUCUUCCUUGCAGCCUCAGGAAAGGAAGAGACUCAAGCGCACGCACCAUCCCCGAGACAGGUGGAAGGAAUCUUUCGGGACCAAGAACUGGAGUGGGUCCUUUCUGGGGGGAAAGCAAAGGGCGAGGCGAGGCUGGGACCCGGAGAGUUGGGAGACUAGUGUAAACCAGCCCUGUGGCGGGAUGCAAGCCCUUGGGCUCCGGUGGCUGCUGCUACAGCUGCUUUCGGCGGCAGCCUGGGGCUUCCGCGCCUCAGCGGAUCAGCGCGCGGGCUUCCCGGUCGCAGGGCCGCCACUGCAACCCCGGGAGCCGCUCAGCUACUCGCGCCUGCAGAGGAAGAGUCUGGCGGUGGACUUCGUGGUGCCCUCGCUCUUCCGCGUUUACGCUCGAGACCUGCUGCUGCCGCCGCCGCCGUCUCCCUCGGAGCCUAGGACUGGCGGGCCGGAGGCGAGGGGCUCGCUGGCUCUGGACUGUGCCCCUCUGCUCAGACUGCUGGGGCCCCGGCUCGGGGUCUCCUGGGCAGCAGGCACCAGCUCGCCCAGUUCAGAAGGAGGUCCGACGCUGUCCAGGGUGCUGAAGGGAGGCUCUGUGCGCAAGCUCCGGCGAGCCAAGCAGCUGGUGCUGGAGCUGGGCGAGGAGGCGAUCCUGGAGGGCUGCGUUGGGCCCCCAGAGGAGGCAGCGGCUGUGGGGUUGCUCCAGUUCAACCUCAGCGAGCUGUUUAGCUGGUGGAUUCGCCACGGCGAAGGGCGGUUGAGGAUCCGCCUGAUGCCGGAGAAGAAGGCUUCGGAAAUGGGCAGGGAGGGAAAGCUGUCGGCGGCUAUCCGUGCCUCCCAGCCCCGCCUUCUCUUCCAGAUCUUCGGGACCGGUCACAGCUCCUUGGAGUCACCCUCAAGCACUCCUUCUCCUGAUAAUUUUGUGUGGAAUCUGACCUGGAUAAUGAAAGAUUCCUUCCCUUUCCUGUCCCAUCGCAGUCGAUAUGGUCUGGAGUGCAGCUUUGACUUCCCUUGUGAACUGGAAUACUCUCCUCCAUUGCAUAAUCAUGGGAACCAGAGCUGGUCCUGGCGUCGUGUGCCCUCUGAGGAGGCGUCGCAGAUGGACUUGUUGGAUGGGCCAGAGGCAGAGCAUUCUAAAGAGAUGCCCAGAGGCUCCUUCCUCCUCCUGAACACCUCUGCAGAUUCCAAGCACACCAUCCUGAGCCCGUGGAUGAGGAGCAGCAGUGAGCACUGCAUGCUGGCUGUCUCGGUGCAUAGGCAUCUACAGCCUUCUGGGAGAUACAUUGCUCAGCUACUGCCCCACAAUGAGGCUGGAAGAGAGAUUCUCUUGGUGCCUACUCCAGGGAAGCAUGGCUGGACAGUGCUGCAGGGAAGGAUCGGGCGCCCAGAGAAUCCAUUCCGAGUGGCCCUGGAAUACAUCUCCAGUGGAAACCGAAGCUUGUCUGCAGUGGACUUCUUUGCCCUGAGGAACUGCAGUGAAGGAACAUCCCCAGGCUCCAAGAUGGCCCUGCAGAGCUCCUUCACUUGUUGGAAUGGGACAGUUCUCCAGCUGGGGCAUGCCUGUGACUUCCACCGGGACUGUGCUCAGGGAGAAGACGAGGGACCGCUGUGCAGUAAACUUCCUGCUGGGUUUUACUGCAACUUUGAAGAUGACUUCUGUGGUUGGACCCAAAGCAUACUCUCACCCCACAUGCCCCAGUGGCAAGUCAGGAACCUGAAGAAUGCCCAGUCCCAGGGUCGCCAAGGUCAUGCCCUAUUGCUCAGUACCACUGAUGUUCCCACUUCUGAAAGUGCGACGGUGACCAGUGCUACAUUUCCUGCACCGAUGAAGAACUCUCCUUGUGAGCUCCGGAUGUCCUGGCUCAUCCGUGGAGUUUUGAGAGGAAAUGUGUCCUUGGUGCUGGUGGAGAACAAAACCGGAAAGGAGCAAAGUCGGAUGGUCUGGCAUGUUGCCACCAAUGAUGCCUCAAAUGAAGGCUUGAGCCUAUGGCAGUGGACAGUAUUGUCUCUUCUCGAUGUGUCUGACAGGUUCUGGCUGCAGAUAGUCGUAUGGUGGGGUCAAGGAUCCAGGGCAACGGUGGCGUUUGACAAUAUCUCCAUCAGCCUGGACUGCUACCUCACCAUCAGUGGGGAGGAUAAGAUGCCCCUGAAUGCAGCACCCAAAUCCAGAAAUCUGUUUGAGAGAAACUCACACAAGGAUUCAAAGGCCAAUGUAUCAGGAACAACUCCCAUCUUUGACCCUACAGUUCACUGGCUGUUUACCACAUGUGGGGCCAGUGGACCCUAUGGCCCCACACAGGCCCAGUGCAACAAUGCCUACCAGAACUCCAAUCUGAGCGUGGUGGUGGGGAACGAAGGGCCCUUGAAGGGCAUCCAGAUUUGGAAAGUGCCAGCCACAGACACCUACAGCAUCUCAGGCUAUGGAGCAGCUGGCGGGAAAGGCGGGAAGAACACCAUGAUGCGGUCCCAUGGAGUAUCUGUGCUGGGUAUUUUCAACCUGGAGAAGGAUGACACGUUAUACAUCCUGGUCGGGCAACAGGGAGAGGAUGCCUGUCCUAGUACAAACCAACUAAUCCAGAAAGUUUGCAUCGGAGAGAACAACGUGAUAGAAGAAGAGAUCCGUGUGAACAGAAGCGUGCAUGAGUGGGCAGGAGGAGGAGGAGGUGGGGGUGGAGCCACCUUCGUGUUUAAGAUGAAAGAUGGCGUGCCGGUACCCCUGAUCAUUGCAGCUGGCGGUGGUGGCAGGGCCUACGGGGCCAAGACAGACACGUUCCACCCAGAAAGAUUGGAGAAUAACUCCUCAGUUCUAGGGCUGAAUGGCAAUUCCGGAGCCGCAGGUGGUGGAGGCGGCUGGAAUGAUAACACUUCCUUGCUCUGGGCCGGAAAGUCUUUGCUGGAGGGUGCCACAGGAGGACAUUCCUGCCCCCAGGCCAUGAAGAAGUGGGGGUGGGAGACAAGAGGGGGUUUCGGAGGGGGUGGAGGGGGGUGCUCCUCAGGUGGAGGAGGCGGAGGAUAUAUAGGUGGCAAUGCAGCAUCAAACAAUGACCCAGAAAUGGAUGGGGAAGAUGGGGUUUCUUUCAUCAGUCCAUUGGGUAUCCUGUACACCCCAGCCUUAAAAGUGAUGGAGGGCCAUGGGGAGGUGAAUAUCAAGCAUUACCUAAACUGCAGUCACUGUGAGGUAGAUGAAUGCCACAUGGACCCCGAGAGCCACAAGGUCAUCUGCUUCUGUGACCAUGGGACCGUACUGGCUGAGGAUGGUGUCUCCUGCAUUGUGUCACCCACCCCGGAGCCCCAUCUGCCACUCUCGCUGAUCCUCUCCGUCGUGACCUCUGCCCUGGUGGCUGCCCUCGUCCUGGCAUUCUCUGGCAUCAUGAUUGUGUACCGCCGGAAACACCAGGAGCUGCAAGCCAUGCAGAUGGAACUGCAGAGCCCUGAGUACAAGCUGAGCAAGCUGCGCACCUCGACCAUCAUGACGGACUACAACCCCAACUACUGCUUUGCCGGCAAGACUUCAUCCAUCAGUGACCUGAAGGAGGUGCCACGGAAAAACAUCACCCUCAUCCGGGGCCUGGGCCAUGGCGCAUUUGGAGAAGUGUAUGAAGGCCAGGUGUCUGGAACGCCCAAUGACCCAAGCCCCCUACAAGUGGCUGUAAAGACGCUGCCAGAAGUGUGUUCAGAACAGGACGAGCUGGAUUUCCUCAUGGAAGCCCUGAUCAUCAGCAAAUUCAACCACCAGAACAUAGUGCGCUGCAUCGGAGUGAGUCUGCAAGCCCUGCCCCGCUUCAUUCUGCUGGAGCUCAUGGCAGGUGGAGACCUCAAGUCCUUCCUCCGAGAGACACGCCCUCGCCCUAACCAGCCCUCCUCACUGGCCAUGCUGGAUCUUCUGCACGUGGCUCGGGACAUUGCCUGCGGCUGUCAGUACCUUGAGGAAAACCACUUCAUCCACCGGGACAUUGCUGCUAGAAACUGCCUUUUGACUUGUGCUGGAACUGGAAGAAUAGCAAAGAUUGGGGACUUUGGGAUGGCUCGAGACAUCUACAGAGCCAGCUACUACAGAAAGGGAGGGUGUGCCAUGCUGCCAGUGAAAUGGAUGCCUCCAGAGGCCUUCAUGGAAGGAAUAUUUACUUCUAAAACUGACACAUGGUCUUUUGGAGUGUUGCUGUGGGAAAUAUUUUCUCUUGGGUAUAUGCCAUACCCCAGUAAAAGUAACCAGGAAGUUCUGGAGUUUGUCACCAGUGGAGGACGGAUGGACCCACCUAAGAACUGCCCCGGGCCUGUAUACCGGAUAAUGACUCAGUGCUGGCAGCAUCAACCUGAAGACAGACCCAACUUUGCCAUCAUUUUGGAGAGGAUUGAAUACUGCACCCAGGACCCAGAUGUCAUCAACACCGCUCUGCCCAUAGAGUAUGGCCCGGUGGUGGAAGAGGAGGAGAAAGUACCCAUGAGGCCCAAAGACCCCGAGGGGAUGCCCCCUCUGCUGGUGUCUCCGCCCGCCAAGCACGAGGACGCGCCCGCGGCCCCGCAGCAGCAGUCCGCCCAGGCGGCGCCCGCCAAAGCGGUGAAGAAGGCCCCGGCCGCGGGCGCGGGCUCCAGCCGGGUCCCUCGAGGCCCUGCCGCCGAGGGGGGGCACGUGAACAUGGCGUUCGCUCAGUCCAACCCGCCGGCCGAGCUGCACAAGGCCCCGGGAUCCAGAAACAAGCCGACCAGCCUGUGGAACCCGACCUACGGCUCGUGGUUCGCGGAGAAACCGGCUAAAAAGCACGCUCCUCGGGCGGCCGCGGAGCCGCAGGGCCGGGCAGGUGCGGGCUGCGAGGGCGGCUGGACCCGGCCGGGCGUGCCCGGGCCGCGAGGAGCCGGGGCGGCGCUGCUGCUCGAGCCGUCGGCGCUGACAGCCAGCAUGAAGGAGGUGCCUCUGUUCAGGCUGCGCCACUUCCCCUGCGGGAACGUCAACUAUGGCUACCAGCAGCAGGGCCUACCCCUGGAGGCCACGGCGGGGGCCGGCCACUUGGAGGACAGUGUUCUGAAAAACAAGAGCAGCGCGACCCAGCCCGGGCCCUGAGCCUGGCAGCGCUCACAGGCCUCGCUCGCCCUGGGGGAGCAAGAGCCCACCCCGAGGGAGACUCAAAGGCUCCACCCCAAACCAGAGACCAAAUGUCACUUUUCAUUUUGUGCCAACUUGUUUUGAAGUGCCACAUUGAAAAAAAAAAAGACUAUUUUCAAAAUGCUUUAGAAAGAGUUUGAGCAUGGGUUCAUUCUAUCCUUCCAAAAGAGGAAAAUGCCAUUUAAAAAAUAAAAAAAAAGCGAUCAGUGCAAGGCCCAGGUUGGUUGCAUAAGGUUUCUGUGCAUGGUCGUUGUUCGCUCCCCUAUACUCCUUUCCAAUUUUGUGUGCUCUCUGCUUCCGUGUAGCCAGAGCCAGCUGCUUCCGUACCUCAUUAGUGGAAGUCCUAUGUUUCCUUGUUAUUGAUGCGGACAUGGACCAUUCGAGGGGCGAGGGAACAAAAAUAAAGGAAUUAAUUGCAAUGACUCAGCAUGGGGAAAAGACAUUUUUUACUUGGAAAAGGCAUAAGCUUUAACAUUGCUGUAGAUGAUGGUUAGAUGAUUUUAAUUGUCCCAACUCAUCACCGAUUGUAAAAAAAAAAAAAAUGUCGU